AAAUGGUCACGUGUACGUGCUGUUUUCCUUUUUGUUAGACUUGUGUUGUACUCGCAAGUUGUCAAGACCAGAGCGCGGUGCGCCUGUAUCACGAACAGAUAUCACGAAUCUUCAGUAACGAUCUAUGUCUGCCCAUCCAAAGCCCGUGCCUCUCGUGGCACCAGGACAUACUCGCCCUGUCACUCACCUUUCUUUUUCAUCGCUGCAAGACGAUGGGACCUAUCUUCUUGUGUCAAGCUGCAAAGAUGGCAAUCCGAUGCUCAGAGAAUGGACCGGGGACUGGAUAGGCACAUUUUUGGGUCACAAGGGUGCAGUGUGGUGCACCAAACUCUCUCCUGACGCUUCGCGAGCGGCAUCAGGAAGCGCUGACUUCACUGCAAAAAUCUGGGACACAUAUUCGGGAGACGUGUUGCACUCAUUCCCUCAUAAUCAUAUUGUUCGGACUGUGGCAAUCUCUCCGUCGUGUUCUCACCUUCUUACUGGCGGUCAGGAGAAGAAGGUCAGAAUAUUCGACCUUGGACGCCCUGACGCGGAGGCAGAUUUCCUUGGAGACCUGGGUGUACCAUCGCAUGAUGGAACUGUGAAGAGUGUAGUUUGGGUCGGAGAACAUACCGGUGUAUCCGCUGGCGAGGAUGGUAUCAUCAAAUGGUGGGACCUAAGAACACGAAAACUUACUACAACUAUGACAUUCCCUAAUCCGAUAACCUCUAUGGAACUAUCCCCGCAAACCAAGCGUCUGGUUGUGACAUCAGGAAAAACCGUAGCAUUUAUACCUGCUUUGCCUAGUGGUACCCCAACGCAUAGUCUCAACUUGCCUUAUUCGCCAUCAUCUGCAUCUGUUCAUCCUAUCCUUCAAGACCGCUUUGUCACAGGCAAUCUUGGUGACGAGUGGGUCAGGGUUCAUGGAAUGGAUGGAGAAGAGAGGGAGAUCUUGAAGGGGCAUCAUGGACCUGUCCACUGCGUAGAGUUUAGCCCUGACGGUGAAGUAUAUGCAAGCGGCAGCGAGGAUGGUACAAUUCGACUCUGGCAAACAACACCCGGGAAGGCAUACGGCUUGUGGCAAGGUAAUGCUAACGGUGGUUAAGAGAGAGCGGGAAAGGGAUUCCGCACACCAACUAACGUCUUCAGAUCAAUUCUUUCAUACAUUGUCGACUAGUAUGUGGAAAUGUUCGUUGAUCGAGCAAGGGGAUACAUAAUGUAAUGUCAAGAGGUCUACAAUUCAAUCAUAUCAUACUGUUUCCAAUCUGCAUGACUGCCUUUAUUCGACAGCUGGUGGUCUUACGUGGAAUCGCAAUCGAACUCCCAGUGUAGGGUAUACUGUGACUACAGGCCUUCGUCAUGAUGGACGAUCUCGCAAGAACGUACCACAAACGACUUGUGCUCGAUGUUUUCAAAUUAUGCGCAUUUCAACAGAGACAACAG